AACAUCGCAGAGGAAGAAGACGCGGCGACAGCAGCCGUAGAAGAAGAGGUAGAGCCUCAGCUAGAGCUCAGUUUAAUGAGGCUAGGUCAAUGCUAGCAAGGUAACACUAAAGUCUGUCUCUCUGUUGGACAUUUCCCCUCGUUACUAACUUGAUAUGGGCAAAAGAGACAAUCGAGUGGCGUACAUUAACCCCAUUGCUGCUGCACGGGCCAGGGGGCCGGCACAGAACUCUGGACCAACCAUACAGGAUUAUUUAGGCAGACCACGACCAACAUGGGAAGAGUUAAAAGAGCAGUUAGAUAAAAAGAAGAAGGGGUCUCGAGCCCUGGCUGACUUUGAGGAUAAAAUGAACGAGAGAUGGAAGAAAGUGCUGGCAAAAAACCGGGAGAAGUUGUUAGGUGACAAGGAAAAAGAGAAAGACAAAAAGACCACUGACAAAGAAAAAGAGGAGAAGAAAGAGAAAAAAGAGAAAAAGAAGAAACAGAAGAAGAAAUCCAACAGGCAUUCUUCAUCUUCCUCCUCUUCAUCGAGUUCUGAUUCUUCCAGCAGCUCCUCCUCAGAAUCUGAAAAUGAGGAUGAAAAGAAGAGCGUGAAGAAGAAACGGAAGAAAAAGAAGUUGGUGGCCAGGAGAGCGUCGGACGUCUCAGAGGAAGAAUCGGACGCUGAAAGCAAGAAGAAAAAGAAAUCAAAAAUCAAGGAAGAAGGGGACAAAGAUAAGUCCUGCGUCCCUCAGGAAGACAAGAGCCGCAGAAGAAAGAGGAAGGCUGAGCGAAGUUGUAGAGACUCCUCUUCAGAGUUCUCUGUGGAUUCAGAGGGUGAAGACGGGGCUGAAGCCAAGAAAAAAAAGAGAAGUAGUGAAGAAAAGGACAAGAUCAUGGACAAAUCUAAGAAGAAGAGAAAAAAGAAGCACAAGAAACAUGGCAGAAAAAAGAAAAAGAAGGCAGCAUCUCAGUCGGACUCCGAGCUUGAUUAAGAACCGUGGAUGUACGGCUCUCUCUGCUCCACGACGUCUCACUAGUUGUGUUCGUUUUUUGCCUCUGACCACCAAAAAUGUCUCCUCCAGCUUCAGUCAUCACACUUGUUUAAGGAGAUCUACAGACUUGAAUUGCUCGGGUGAAAAGAAGUGGGACCCCCGUCCCUCAACGCGGCAACUACAGUAACUUUGGUUUGACUUUUACCACCAUGCUUUUUAUAGAUUGUUCUUUGAGUUACAGUCGGCAACAGUACUGAAUUCCCCUUCUUGCCUAAUCAUGGACAUUUCCAUGUGACAGACACUCGGCUUCCCCAUCAGAGUGCUAGCCGGCCAAGACUUACUCCCUCUGCUUCAUACCUGACACCUUUACAUCUCUUGUUGCUAGGUGAGGCUGAUAUGCUUGUGCCUGUGUCAUGCAUGCAGACCUGACCACCUGGUGUGUCGCCAGCCUCAUAUUGAAGUUGGACUUGUGAAAAGAAGCGUGAGCUGCACAGUCAACAUUUAUACAAGGGAUAAUUGUUCCGUUUGAAUUGUUGCUACACUGCAGUGUAAUUGUACAAACAAUGGGAAGUCAUUAAUAAACUACUGUUUUAUCGUU